AUGGCGACUUCACCACCAACCGGCGUAUUCGUCCCAGUCCCUACCUUCUUCAAACCUCACUCUUCCUCCCCGUCAUCCCUGCAACCGGCCGUCGAUGUAGAAACACAGAUUGCACACUCCAUCUUCCUUGCAAAGAAUGGCGUGCGUGGCCUUGUGCUCCUUGGCUCCACGGGCGAAGCAAUCCACAUGUCGCGACAAGAGCGCAUCGACCUCGUCUCCGGUGUGCGCAAGGGCUUGACGGAUGCCGGGUUCCCCAACUACCCGAUCAUGGCGGGGACGCUGGUGAACAGUGUAGAUGAGACAUUGGAGUGGCUGGAGGAUUUCAAGAAGGCGGGGGCGCAGUGGGGAUUGGUGCUUGCGCCGGGGUAUUUUGGGGCGGCGGCGGGAGUGGAAGGGGUGGUGGAGUGGUAUCGGUUAGUGGCGGAUAAGAGUCCAUUGCCUGUUUUGAUAUACAACUAUCCAGGCGUGUCAAACGGACUGACCAUCACACCCCCUACCUACCGUACGCUAGCCCAACACCCCAACAUUGUGGGCUGCAAGAUGUCUCACGCCAUUGUUUCCUACCACAACCAAGUCUCGCUGGAUCCUAAGAUUGACCAUGCCAAGUUCAAAGUCUACUCUGGCCUUGGCCAACAACUCGGUCCCAUCGUCUUCUUCGACGCUGCAGGUGUGAUCGACGGUCUCGCAGCUAUAUACCCCAAGACAGUGUGCACAUUGAUGAAGUUGGCGGAGGCGCGGCCCAUCACCGACGAGAACUUGAAGAAAAUCAAGGAGUUGCAGUACACGGUGAGUUGUGCAGAGGAGUACAUUGGCAAGUACGGCAUUGUGGGGAUCAAGGAGGCAGUCAAGCGCGUGACGGGAUAUGGAACAAUGGAGGGAGGCAGGUUACCGCUCAAGGGCAAGUUGCCAGACGGUGAGUGGGAGAAGUGGAGCGAGACUUGGGAGAGGAUACAAAAGAUGGAGGAUUCUUUGAGCGAGAAGGAUUUCAAGUAG